AUGGAUCAAGGAGGUACGGGCGACCUCCAUGACCAAGCCAAUGCAGCGCUCUGCAACCCCAUUCUGCUGUGGAGAGGCCGGAAGCGUGAACAACUGCUCAAUGCCAUGCUUAGCACAGUAGGCUGCCAAGAGGUCGGAGGAGAACUCGCCACCUCUGUCAGAGUGCAAGCGCAGGACAGGAAACUCCGAGUGAAAACGCUCGCUGAGCUGGAGACGUGCUCUGCGGAUCCAAGGGAUCAAGACAUCAGGGACCUCACCCUUGGUGCGCAAGGGGAAGACCGUGCGUCUGCAAGGGAGCAGUCGUCGGGGGAAACGAGGAGGAGUGAGGAGCGGCGCGCUGCCGUCCCCUCGACACAGGGGAGACAGGUAGGAGCAGGUGAGGGAGGGAGGGGAGGAAGGACCCCCGGGAAGGCUAGAGACAAGGAGAUCAAUCCAGCGGGGCAGCUCAGUGGCCUGAGGGAACUGAAACAGCCAAGCGUCGUCGAGACGAGCGAAGUAGCGCUGUGUGACGUGCGAUCAUCCACACUGCCUGACCAGUCUGCGGUCACCAGUGUGAAUGACAUACGUGCAGCUAAAGCCACCCCCACCCCCGUGCAGAGAGUACCACUCACGGACCCCCUAGGGCGAAGGAGUGUGCUGCUGGCCCCGGCUACCACCGGCGCCUCCACGACCACCACCGCUGCGCCACCUCCUCGACCACCCCAACCCCCUGCUGCCGCCUCGUCCACCGCCACCCCAACCACCGCCUCCGCCCCUGCCACCUCCCCCGCCGCUGCCGCCACCACCCCCACCGCUGCCACUAGCCCCUCCAGUCGCGCCACCACCCCCACCACAUCCACCGCCCCCACCGCCGCCUCCCCCGCCGUCACCGCCACCACCCUUGCCCCCUUUGCCCUUGCCGCUGCGGUGCUCGCUCGAAGCAGAAGUAGUACCGACCUUCUUAGCACCAAGGAGGUCGACAGCAGCAGCAGAGGCGGACAGAGGGAAGAAGGGGGGAAGGAGAACACCCCUCAAAGAACGGGGUACGGGGGUCGCCACGAGAGGCACCUACAGCGACUAUGCUAG